AAAGGGCAAAAUAGUCAAUUGACACUUUGCAUGGAGAAGCACACAACAUAAGGUGGUUGUGUUAGCUCAUCUCCUCUUUCUUCAUCUCUUUGAAUCUAUAUCCAGAUAACCCUUCUUUCCACCAUCCUCUCUUUCAAUCAUACACAAAUGGAGCUGCCGGUCAGGUCGCCGGUGACAGGAGAUGGCCGGAAAACUUCAUACAAGAUAGAAACCAAGAAUCUUGCAUACAAAAGUUCCAACUUUUCCGGCGAAUGGAAGUGGGGUUGUCUUCAGAAACACUUCAAGAAAUCUCCAAAGUUUAUCUUGAAUGAUGUGAGUUGUGAAGCUCGUCCCGGCGAUCUCACCGCCGUCGCUGGUCCAAGUGGUGCCGGAAAGACAACCCUGCUAGAGAUUCUUGCCGGAAAUAUCACUUCCGGCCAGGUUUCCGGUCAUGUAUUGAUCAACAAUCAUCCUAUUAAUACCAAACGUUUCCGGCGAUUAGCCGGUUAUGUGACUCAAGAUGAUGCUUUGUUUCCAUCGUUAACGGUUGAAGAAACACUGAUGUAUAGUGCUUUUCUCAGGCUACGAUGUGGUCGAAAAGAAGCGGUUGAUCGAGUGAAGAUUCUGAUAAACGAGCUCGGUUUGGAACGUGUAUCGAGCUCGAGGAUCGGGGAGGGGUCAAACCAUGGGAUUUCAGGUGGGGAACGAAGGCGGGUUUCCAUCGGAGUUGAGUUGGUUCAUGAUCCUGCGGUGAUUCUAAUCGAUGAACCGACUUCAGGGCUCGACUCAGGUUCAGCUUUCGGUGUCGUAUCGCUCCUCAAAUCAAUGGCGGCCAAUCGAGGUAAGACGAUCAUGUUGACGAUACACCAACCUGGAUUCCGAAUCCUCGAGCUUUUCGAUCGACUUGUUUUGCUCUCGAAUGGAUUUGUUCUCCAUAACGGAUCGUUAAAAUCGCUCGAACAUAGACUCAAGGUCUCCGGCCACUGUAUCCCACCUCGUGUCAAUGUUCUUGAAUUCGCCAUCGAUGUCACCACCACCUUGAUCAUCCCAACCCCGAAAACCGCAAUCGAAGCACUCGAGAAUCACGAAAAACCCGAAACGCAACGCGAAUUCCCAUACACGAAUUCCCAUUUCGAAGAAGUAAGGAUCCUAAGCAAACGAUUCUUCAAGAACAUAUUCCGAACCAAACAACUAUUCCUAACAAGAAUCAUCCAAGCCAUCCUUUCGGGCCUAAUCCUCGGAACCAUCUUCGUAAACAUGUCAACAAACAAAGGGAAACUCGCACUACAAGCUCGAUUAGGGUUCUUCGCAUUCACCCUCACUUUCCUCCUAUCUUCAUCCACCGAAGGCCUCCCGAUCUUCUUACAAGAACGACGAAUCUUGAUGCGAGAAACAUCAAGAGGAGCGUAUCGAGUCUCUUCAUACGUAAUCUCGAACACCCUCAUCUUCCUUCCGUUUCUUCUCAUGAUCGGGAUUCUUUACACGAUCCCGGUCUACUGGCUCGUCGGAUUACGACCCGAAAUCGAGCGGUUUUUCUACUUUGGACUGGUGGUAUGGAUGGUAAUCUUGAUGUCAAACUCAUUCACAGCUUGUUUCAGUGCAUUGGUGCCUAAUUUCAUCAUGGGGACGUCCGUCAUAUCUGGAUUGAUGGGUUGUUUCUUUCUAUUUUCUGGGUAUUUUAUAGCAAAAGAUAGCAUACCAAAAUACUGGAUUUUUAUGCAUUAUAUGAGUUUAUUUAAGUACCCGUUUGAGUGUUUUAUGAUCAAUGAGUAUGGAGGUGAAGAAGGGAGGAAGAUGUGCGUGGAAAUGGACGGUGGAGAUUGCAGGAUGUAUGGAGAUGGGUUCUUGGAGCAGCAGGAUAUCAAAGAGACACAGAAAUGGAGUAAUUUGGGGGUCAUGUUAGGGUUUAUUAUUGGGUAUAGACUUUUGUGUUUUUUUAUUUUGUGGUUUAGAUGUCAUAAAACCAGGAAUUAA